CUCAACCCAACUCAAACUUUCAGCGUCUUUUCUAGUAAGUGCCAGAAAUGAUGUAACACCGAGAAACUCUCUCUGCUGACGUGUUUCUGUGACGUAUAUAAAGAAAUUUAAAUACGUCUGAGAUCGUUAUAUCGUUUGAAGCGGACUCGACGUGCUAGCGUAUUUAAAACCCGUGACUCAAACCAUAAUGUGUUAGCAUUAGCAUUAGCAUUAGCAAAGCAUCGCUAAAGGAGGAAGAGGUGUGCGCGAGCUUCAUGACAACCGACUGAACUGACAGCUAUUUCCAGUAUGCGGAACAGACAGAGGGGAUCCCACCUGGGCCUGAUGCUGCUGGCCUCCCAGGUGUUUCAGCUGGGUCUGGACAACAUCCCUCCUGUCACACUGGCUGUCCUGGGACUCAACGUGUACCUGUACCUGUUCCCUGCAGCUCCACUGAUGCAGGCCUGUGUGAGUGUCCAGCAGGCAUACUGGUUUAAAGACUGGCGCCGCCUCCUGCUGUCCCCGCUGCACCACGCAGAUGAUUGGCAUCUCUACUUCAACAUGGUGUCCUUCCUCUGGAAAGGUACCAAACUAGAGCGACGGCUGGGCGGACCCUGGUUCCUCUACCUGCUGUCGGUCUUCUCUCUGCUCACCGGGCUGGUCUACCUGCUGCUGGAGGCGGUGCUAACAGAGCUGACACAGGACCAGUCCUACAGCAUGGCCUGUGCUGUUGGCUUCUCGGGUGUCCUGUUUGCUCUGAAGGUGCUUAGUAACCAUUACCACCCUGGAGGUGUGACCUAUGUGAUGGGUGUCCCUGUGUCUAAUCGCUAUGUCAGCUGGGUGGAGCUCGUGCUCAUCCACAUAACAUCACCUGGGACCUCUUUCAUAGGUCACCUGGCAGGUAUCCUGGUGGGUCUGCUCUACACUGCUGGACCUCUGAAGGCCGUCAUGAAAAAGUGUGCAGGUCUGAAUUUAUGUGUGUGUUGUUGUAUUUGCUGACUGUGAUCUAUAAUCUUAGGCCCCUGUACCUGUCAAAAGUCCUCUGUUUAAUCUAAAAGUUCUAAAGAUAACUGAAUUCCCGAAAGCUUAAAAAGUAAUAUUUAGCUGUCACUCAGGUCAUGUACAGCUCUCAGUUUCAGCUGUGUGAAUGAUGAAAUAAUUCUUGAGAAAGCUUUGACUCCAUGUUCAGAUCUGUGUAUCUCAAUUUUAAUCCAUACACAAAUCUAAAUGCACAUUAACCCCUUGAAACCCCAGCAAUUGGGUUAUUUGUGGAGAAGGGGUAGGAUUAAAUACUGUAUGUGUAA